AUGCGCGAUUAUCCCCUCUUCGAGGCCCUCACUGCACCUCCACCGCCGCCUCCAGCCCUUAUUGAGGCUGUCGACUGGGAAACGGAGUAUGAGAUGAACAUGACUGCGUACCGCGCCGCGGUCCUCGGUAUCGACACGCCGCGGGAGUGCAGUCCGUCCUUCCCCGACCUCGACUUUGGCGACUUUGUAGCUCCGCCAAGUCCUACCCCCACAAACCCGCACCCACACCCGUUGCUGGAUCACUUCCCCCUGACUACUCCCUGGUACGAUGGGAGGCUGAAGCGGAUGAGGUCGAUCACGCCUGAAGGCGUGGAGGUUGAUUUCGCACCCGCCAACAACAACCUCGACGCGUUUUUCGUCCACUUCAUCACAAACACCAUGGCCGACACGGCCGACCUCGACGCGCAGAUUGCGGCCCUUCAGGCGAAGAAGCGGGCGAUUGUCGAGAGACAAGCGAUUGUCGCGCGCGAGCAGCAACGCAAGGCCGCAGAGGUGUUGGUCGCCAACACGCCGACAAAGGUCACGCCGAAGCCUGCCCCACUUCCAGAGCGUCCCGUCCAGCCCAACUUUGGUCGGCCGCAACCUGGGCCCAGCCGAGCUCGCCCCUCCGUGCAACCUGCCCCGCAGCACGCGUUUGCUCCUCCUCCGCGCGCCUCGUCCCUCUCUGAAGCGCUGGCCAAGCGCCGAACCAAGCAGCCAGCCAACCUCCCUUCCCUUCCAGACCGCACAACGUCGUUUGCAGACCGUUCCAAGGAUAAGGGCAAGGGCAAGGCUGCCGAUGAUGACCUGGAGGUGGUCCGCGACGGACGAGAACGCGACGCCGACCUUGCUGUCGAACACGAGCUCAAGAUUGGCCCUGGCGAGUUUGGGUUGGAUCCAGAAGGCGAAGAGGAGUGGCGCUCGCUGGAGCCCAACUCGGGUAUCCGUCUCUCCAAACGCGUUCUCCCACACGACGAGGUGCAGGACCACCUGUACGGACGCUACUUUCUCAAACCACCGCAGCUGUAUUCCCUCGCGCGGCUGUCGCGUGAUGGCGCGACAUAUGACAUUCCCGUGGACGGCGACUUUGUCACUAUUGCCGUCGUGGCUGAGCGUGGAGACAUUCGCGUGAGCGGCAGCCGUGAUGCGGCUAGCGACGACGACGACGAGGAAGAGGAGGAUGAAGAAGGCGACGGUCCGCCCAAAGCCAAGACCAAGGCGUUUGGAAAGGGUAAGGGCAAGGGCAAGGGCAAAUACGAGAACAAGAAGAAGCGGCCGCCUCGCAAGUACAUCAACCUCAAGCUCGUGGCCCUCCCGCCGCGCAACAAGUCUCUCGGCGCGGCGUCAGUCGGCGGCGACGCGUACCUCCAGCUCCUCCUCUUUGAGUCGGACGCCAUCGUUCGCAAGGACGACGGCCAGGGCGGCGUGGUCCGCGAGUACCGCGGUGGAUCGGGCGGCGCGUAUGAAAAGUGGUGCAACUUGGCCGUGGGCAGCGUCGUCGCGCUGCUCAACCCGCGUGUCCUCCGUCCGCUCAAGACUGGCGGCGGCGCACCGCACCCGCUCACCCUCCCGCUGGCGCUCAACCCGACCUCGGCCGACUCGGUAUCCCUCAUCGGCCACGCGAUGGAUCUCGGCGUCUGCACCGCGAUCCAAAAGGACGGAAAGCGCUGCCGGUCCUGGGUCGACAUGCGUCUUGGCACCGUGUGCGAGUAUCACGUCCACGCGGCCGUCAAGCGCGGUCGUGCCACCCGCGCCGAGUUUGCCUCUGCGACCACCUCGUACGAGUUGACCGCCGGGAGGACGGGCGGCACUGGCCGCCCAGCAGGCUCUAGUGGCGGCGGCGGCGGCGGCGCUCCAGGCGACUAUGACAGCUACAACCCGCGCCUGAAACGCGGCCUGCUGCCAUCCAGCGGUGGCCGCGCUGCCCCCCGUGGAUCCGAGAAUGGCGGCGGCGGCGCGACGUAUAUUGUCGGCAGGGGCGUGGCACGCACCGGCGACGCACCCGCCGGCCACGGCGCUCCCGGAGACUCGCACCUCGCCGAAAAGGUCGGCCGGUCCCAGGCGCAGAAACGCAAGCGCCAGCAAGAGCUCGCAGACGGCGACGCGGCCCUCCAACGCCUGUUUGACAGGAGCGGCGACAACGGUAGUGUGGGCGCAAAGUACCUCUUUGCGCUCGGCAAAGUGCGCCCCAAGGAGCGCGACGAGACGAAGCAGCGUCCGCCAAGCGCGUUCACGGCUGCCAUGAUCGAGUCGAUUGGGUUCGACCCCAGUGGGCGCCGCAACGAGGAUCCAGAUAAGCGACUCGCGUCUAUCAAGGCUCUGAGCGAGGCGUCGGGGCGGCCACUCAAACUUGGACGGCCGGCGGGGCCGAAGCGUUACUCGAACGUCGUUGUUCCUCCUGCGCCUGUGCGUGCGCCUGCGCCAAGCGCCGAGGAGGUGGAGGAAGACGACGACGACAGGAUGGUGGACCUGGAUUGA